GGCCGCACAGCAUAUCUUCCAUCAUCAGCUCAGCUUCUCGGCCGCUACCUCUUCGUUCACGAUGUCACCUAGUCUGAAGAGUCUCGUCACUUUCGCGGCGGCUCUGCCCUUUGUUAUAGCAGUACCGGCUGUAAAGAGCGAUACUGUAUCUUCUAUCAGAGGAAAGACCUAUGAUUAUGUGAUCGUCGGUGGUGGGCUUACCGGUUUGGUAGUUGCUCAUCGCCUGAGUGAGAACAAGUCGCAUUCUGUCCUCGUUCUGGAGACUGGCCCAAUCACAGAGGACAUCAACACUAUCAUCCCUACUCUUGGCAACAACAUCAACCACGCUUUGCAGUACAGCAUUGACUCGGCACCUGAUCCUGGCCUUGGGGGUCUCAGUGUUGGGGUUCUGAUUGGCAAAGUCGUUGGAGGUGGCUCAGUCAUUAAUGGCAUGGCAUUCGAUCGUGCCUCUGCUGCUGACUACGACGCUUGGGAGCAGCUCGGUAAUCCUGGCUGGGGCUGGAAUGGCCUCCUCCCCUACUUCAAGAAGUCUACUACCUUUACCCCUCCUAAGCUCACCCGCAAGGAUUUCAACAUUACCUACAAUGCCUCUUUCUACGGCACCAAUGGCCCACUCCAGGCAUCGUUUCCUAACUUCGAGUUCCCUGAUGUCAAGGUCAUGUGGGAGGCUUUCAGGUCUGAAGGUUACCCCACACCCAGGGAGCACGCUUCAGGUGAUGCUGUCGGCGCUACCUGGAUUCCCACUUCCCUUGAUCCCAAGACUCAGACCCGUUCUGAUGCCAGGAGGGCAUACUAUGACUCUGUUAAGAACCGUACCAAUCUGAAGCUCGUCAGCGGUGUCGAAGUUAACGAGGUCCUCUUUGACAGCCUUACUGCUAAAGGUGUUCAGUUCACCACCCUCGCUAAUAAGACUGUCUCCAAGGUUUACGCAAAGCGCGAAGUCAUCCUUGCCGCCGGCUCUGUGUUCACUCCCAAGAUUCUUCAGCUCAGUGGUGUCGGCCCUGCAGAUGUCCUUAAGGCUGCCGGUGUCAAGGUCAAGAAGGAUCUCGCCGCCGUCGGUGCCAACUUGCAGGAUCACCCCAACGCCAACAUGUUCUGGUCCACCCAGAACCUGAGCAUCCCCAACCCCGGCUUCUCUUCCGACCCUGCUCAGAACGCCUCAGCCUGGGCUCAGUACUAUGCCCACCGCAUUGGUCCUGUUUGCCAGUCCCACGGUAGUAGUCUUGCUUUCCUGUCUCUUCAGAGCAUUACCUCCAACUACAAGCAAAUCGUCUCUACCAUCAAGGCUCAGAAGUCUACUGACUACCUCCCCGCCGUAUACAAGAACAACCCCAACCUCCUGCGUGGUUACGAGGCUGCUAAGUCCAUCACCGCCGAGCUCCUCUCCGGAACUAAGGCCGCAGCUGUCGAAAUUCCAAUGAACGCUUUCGGUCUCGCCAUCGCCGCCGUCCAGCGCCCUCUCUCCCGUGGAUACGUUGCCCUCAACACGACCAACCCCACUGGCAACCCCAUUGUCCAGUUCAACACCUUUCAGAAUCCUGCCGACAGGACCAUGAUGAUCGAAGCCGUCAAGUGGACCCGCCGCCAUUGGCAAAAUCCCAUCCUCGCUCGCUUCUUGCCUGCCGAGAUCACUCCUGGGGUCGCUGCCCAGACUGAUGACGAGAUCAUCCAAGCCCUGCUCAAGCAGAGCGCGCUUACUGCUACCUUCGCCCACCAGUCUGGCACUUGUGCUAUGAUGCCUGAAAAGUACGGUGGCUGUGUCAGCAGCGACCUCCGCGUCUAUGGCACCAAAAAGCUCAGCAUUGUUGACGCUUCUAUUAUCCCCUUAGUCCCUGCUACUCACUUGCAAGCGACUAUGUACGCUAUUGCUGAGAAGGCUGCGGAUAUUAUCAAGCUGCGCCACGAUUUUCCCGGCCGAUAG